ACAUCACCAGACUUGUCUUUAUUGUAGGUGUCUACGAGCUUCCACUUUAACUACAGCCACCAGAUUAUCACAAUAAAAUUUAGUUGCACUUCUCUUUACCCAACAAAGCUCUGAAUCCGUUUACAACACCUAGGUUAAAAAUACGUCAAUCUUUCAAAACGUGCCUCGAAUAGAAUUUUUUAAAAUUGAGCAAACAGAGCCUACCGGAAUUAUCUCGAGAUAAGCGACUUUAUUUGCACACUAAAACCCAAAUUACUCUUCUUUACGCCAGUUAUGGAGACACACGUUAUAGAAACAGAAGGUCUAACAAGGAUUCUAUCAACCGACUGCAAAUCCCGCCGCAGAAUCAUCCUCAAAAACGGCAACUGCAACAUCCACCGGCCAGAAUCCAAACGCCAGAAAUACGCUUUCUUGCAAUUCACCAAACUGGUGGACUCCUCCUGGACCUUCACAAUUUUCGUUUUUCUGAUAACUUUGCUUUCUUCUUGGCUUCUUUUUGCAGCGAUUUGGUGGCUGAUUUGCCACACACAUGGCGACUUCGAACCCGAGCAUUUGCCACAAGUGCAGAAAGCGAACAAUUUCACACCGUGUGUCUACCACAUCAACAACUUCGGCUCGUGCCUACUUUUCAGCAUUGAGACGCAACACACUGUGGGGUACGGGAUUAAGGCAACGACGGACGAAUGCCCAGAGGCGAUUUUCGUCAACGCCCUUCAAUGUAUCAUCGGUUUUAUCAUGCAGGGGAUCAUGGCCGUGAUUAUUUUCUCCAAAAUGACGCUUCCGCGGCUCCGAUCCCAGACGUUGCUAUUUUCCAAAAAAGCCGUGAUUUGCCCCCGGAAUAACAAACUUUGCUUCAUGUUCCGAAUGGGCGACAUGCGCAAAAACCACAUUAUUGACGCCAAAGUUCGCGCAUUUUACAUCCGGGCGGAACGUACCGUCGAGGGCCAAGUGCUGGACCACCACCAAGUGGAACUUCCGGUCAAAGUGGAUGAAUGCAAAAGCGGCAUUUUUUUCAAUUGGCCACUGGUUGUGUUCCACGAAAUUACAAAAGACUCGCCUCUAUAUUACCUAUCACCAAGUGAUUUGAAGAAAAAUCGGUUCGAAAUCGUGGUACUGCUAGAAGGUACCACCCAAAGUACCGGUCAGAUGACCCAAGCCAAAAGCAGUUAUUUGCCACGUGAAAUAAUUUGGGGGAAGAAGUUUCAAAGUUUGCUCAAUUUUAACUACGACAGGAGGGAGUUUGAGGCCGAUUUUUCAAAAUUUGACCAAGUACUGGCUGUUAGUACGCCCCUGUGUUCGGCAGCGUACAUUGAUGACUACAACCAAAUGCAGAAAUUGAGUGGUCUGGACUUCACACCAAGGCAAAGCUGGGGCGAGUUGGACGUGGAAAAGUUCAAGGACCACGUUUUAAGAGUUUGUGAAAGUGGUGGUGAAAAUGUUAAUUCGUGACUAAAAUUUUGCGAUUUUUGACGACUAGUUUUGUCCCAUUUCUGUUACUUUAUCAAGGAUCAGAAAAAUAAUUUUGUUAUUUUUCUUGCGAUUUGCAAUAUUUUGUAAUUUUCGACAAUUAAAGGAAAUAAAAGUAGUGUAAAAAAUAAUAACAAAGCAGACCUAGCACAAGGUACUAAAUUAGUUGCACAAGUCUGGUAAUUUGCUUCUUAUCGCUUGGUACAGAAAAGCAAUCUGAUAAGGAAAAAAUUUUUUCAACAAGUGGUACUAGAAACGUAUUAAAUGUGACGCAAAAAGGUACGAUUUUUAUUGCAUUGUGUGAAAAUAAAGUACAACGGCUUAAACUUUUAUUUUUGUAAUAAAAUAAUUUUUAAUAAAUAAAAUAAAUACAAGAUUCACUCAA